AUUAAAUUCCGGCUAACUAAACCAACAGAAUCCUAGUAGUAUUUUAAUUAGGAUUCAAUUCCUUUUUCAAUUCUAUUUGCAAAUCCAAUAUUACCAAACAAAGCAGUAGUUUUUCAAUAAAGUGUAGGACCACAGCUCGAUCUGCAAUUACCACAAAACCUGUGAUUUCUCCAGCCAUGGCGAGUGACUCAGAUACCUCAGGGUCGUCCCACAAGCAUGCCGCCAUAACCCUGGACGAACCGGAGAUGUCUCCCAGCAAACGCCUCAAAACCCUAAGCUCACCUUCCUCCUCGUUCUCCAAAGGAAAAGACACAAGAAUUGAUGAAUCAACGGUUGAUGAUUCGGAAACGCACACUUGUGAAAUAUGUUUGAUGGACAAAAGAAUUGAUGAAUCAACGGUUGAUGAUUCGGAAAGGGACUGCUGUGGAAUAUGUUUGAUGGAAGAUGGGAAUGCUAUCAGAGGGUGUAUCGAUGGCUGCGACCACUACUUCUGCUUCGUCUGCAUCAUGGAAUGGUCAAAGGUCGAGUCUCGUUGCCCCCUGUGUAAGCGCAGGUUCACCACUAUUCGUCGUCCGCCAAAGGAUGGAUUGUUUCUCACCGAGCGCCUUGUUAACGUUCCAGUUCGUGAUCAGGUGUGCCAUAGGGAAAUAGAGACUCCUCAUCCAUAUUCGGAAGUGCAAUGUGGUGUGUGCCGUAGUAGGAUAGAUGAAAGCCGUCUACUACUUUGUGAUCUUUGUGACUCUGCCUAUCAUACUUACUGUGUUGGUCUGGGUGCCACUGGACCUGUAGGUGAUUGGUUUUGCCAGGACUGUACCGUUUCUGUGGUUGAAUAUACCAAAAUCGAAAUAGAUACCGGUUGUGCCAGUCAAACCAGUGGUAACGUUCAUGAAGUGCCACCAGCUGGGGCUUCUGUUUCUGUCUUUGAUAUUGUAGCGGAACCCGGUAUCAGAGAGGUUCAGAGACCCCAUACUACAGAUUCUCUGCGUACAAGUGGGUUGUCAUCUGGUAUUGCUCCUGACAGAGGAAUGAGUGUUGCAGAUAACGCGUCUGAGGGGGAUUCAACAACUCCUGCUGUUGCAUCUAAUGCGUCUGAGGGGAAUUCAAGAACUCCUGCUGUUGCAUCUAACACGUCCGAGGGGGAUUCAAGAACUCCUGCUGUUGCAUCUAACGCGUCUGAGAGGUAUUCAAGGACUCCUGCUGUUGCAUCUAACGCGUCCGAGGGGGAUUCAAGAACUCCUGCUGUUGCAUCUAACGCGUCUGAGAGGGAUUCAAGAACUCCUGCUGUUGCAUCUAACGCGUCCGAGGGGGAUUCAAGAACUCCUGCUGUUGCAUCUAACGCGACUGCCUUGGCUGCGAGAACGUUGCAGCGUUAUCGCAACGUGCAUCAUAGCAUACGAGCAUUACGUGAAAAUUGGAACGGCUUCCGAAAUGGGGCCUUGAGCUUCUGUUACAGUUGCACUAAUCAUGACAAAUUAAGUCAACCUAAUUGCAGUUCUUGCAAGGGUCAGCAAUUGACAGCUCAUAAUGAUGCUUCCUGUAAUAUUUCGCAGAAUAGAGGCUCAUACGAUAUAGAAAAAGCAUGGAAAAUGAUGGAUGCUGCAAAGUCAAUAGAAAAGGGGCGUGGAAGGGCCAGCUUCAUGCAUCAGGCUUCAAAACAUCAUUCAAGCAAAGUAAAUGUUCCAAAAGGAAAAGCUAACGUGAAUCCAUGUCUUCUCAUGGCGAAUGGGAAACGACCUGUGGCUACGAAUCUUAAAAUCAAUGGAUAUAAAAACCAUUACCAGUAUAAUUCUCUGGAAAAGGUAAACGAUUUGCAUAAAUCUCCGAUGUUUGAAAAACAAAAGCAGAGGACUGUUACUAUGGUGACAAAUUUAAAAUUCGGUGCGGGUUUUCCAUCUAAUUCACAAGUGUAUGAAUUGCCGUCUGCUAGGAUGGCCCAGACUUCAGCUCAAUUUGACAUUUGCUAUGGAAAUGGCGGGAAACAAUCACAGGAGUAUUCACUUGGAGCCUCAUCGGAUGUUCUUAAAAAGCAUAAUGGAUCUGCCGUUGGGUCAGUGCAGAUAGCUUCAAAUUUUACUUGUGGUACAUCGGAUGCCUCUUCCUCCUGCAAGAUAGAAACUCCUGAAGGUAAAUCUAAGACAGAACGACAAAGUGCCAAAAGCCAGGCUAAAAGAGAUGACAAUGUGAAGACUGAGAUUCAAUCUCUUGUCAAGCUCAAUCUAAAGCUUCUGAGUGGAGAUAAAAAGUUAGAAGUGAAUGCAUUCAAGGAAGUCGCGAGGCUUGCCACCCAUUCCAUCUUGGCCGCAUGUGGUUUGGAGCGCCCAAAGCCUGGUGUCCGCUCUUUCCCGAGUUCCGUAUGCUGCCAUGACAAACAAGAUCAGCAGCUUCGAAUGUCCACUUUAAUGCCUAGUUCUUGCAGAGAAUGCUUUUAUGUCUUCGUAAAGAAUGUUGUCAAAACCAUGAUGUUUGAGAAAGUGAGUGGCAUUCAAAUGGCGUAAUGCGGCCUUUGUGUUUAGGGUUUUUGCUGCAGAGAUGCAACGAGGCAAUUCAUGUAUGCAAAAUUGCGUAAGGUGUUGUGAGUUACUUUUUCUUAUUGUUCUUGUGCAAUUCCUGAUCAGUUCAAUUUGCAUGAAAUGUCUGAAAGCGCCUAUCUCACAUCCCGAAGAAACACUUUCACACUUUCUUGUAAUGAUGUUACAGUCAUCGGUGUCUAGUUAGUUAAAUAAAAGUACUCUCACUUUAA